AAAUGGCAGGACCUCAGGGCUGCAGCCAAGAAGAAGGAGGUGACAAGGAGGAAGGAGAGUGUGAGAACUGGUGGAGGUGGCCCUCCUACACAACUGUUGAACAGAAGAUUGUGAGUUUGAUUCCUCCUUGCCAGAUUGAAGGAAUUGCUGGAGGAUUUGAUUCGGGAGUUGAUGGGUCUUUUCUGAGCUAUGCUUUGGAGGCUGAUCCUGAUAUGAGCACAGCAGCAAUGGCUACAUCUUCAUUAACCGGUGACUUUAAUGACACAGUCACUUGCAACACAACAGAAGCAAUGUGUAUCACCCCAGCAGGGACAGGAACUUCAAUUAUGAUGGAAGACAUCACAGCUAGAAAGGCACAAGGUGAACCAGGACCAGAUCCAGUUGCUGAAGCUAUACAGCAAUUAAUAGCUGUACAGAGCCAGAUUCUCUUGGCAGAGAACAGAAGAGUAGAGAUUGAGGAGGAGAAGCUAAAGCUGCUCAGGGAAUUUGUACAUGUUUCUCCACUUAAUGGACAAAAUGUAUCCCCCAUAAUAAAAUUCUUUUGAUCAUGACAAAAGCUGGGUAAUUAAUUUUUUUGUAUAAUAUGAAAUUAUAUUAAGUCAUGACUGUCUAGUAAUACAGAGUAGAAAGUCACUUACAUCUCAUGAUUUAUAUUCCUGUGCUUAUUAUAAAUGAUGAAAACA